GUUACCAUGAGCGACAGGGACAUCGGAGCCAAACGGUCGGAUUUAACCGGGAGCUCGGACUGAAAGGCGGCCGAACGGCAGAUCCUGAGAUGGCUUUACCUACAAUGCCAUCCAGGUGGAGUAGCCGAAAUAGAGUCCUGGAACAGCAGAUUAUUCGUCAGCGGGAUCAGGAGGAGCGCCUUCGUCGGCAGUGGGAGAUGCAUCGUCAAUACUUCCAAAAACAAGACGUGCGAAGCAAUAAACAGGCACAAUGGAGUUCAAGACAGUCUUUUCAGCAAAGUAUGUCAGCAUACCACCGAAAUCGCCAACAGCAGGAAAAAUUGUGUAACCUGGAGCAACGACGGAAAAAACUGCAGUGCUUACUGCAAGAGGAGCAAGAUCUCCUUGAAGCUGAGCUUCGUGAACUAAAGAUAGACACGAGGUCUGUUAUCCAGGAUGCAAAGGAGAAGGCCGAGGAACUGAAAUCUGCCCGUGAGGAGCGAAGGAAAAAGGUAGCUGAACAACUGUUGUAUGACCACUGGAAAAAGAACAAUAUAGAAUUGCGUAAGAUCGAGUCGGAAUUACACAAGAUGCAUGUGACAGGCAGUUGGUCUUCACAGAUCACAGAAAAACAGCAGAAAGAAGAGGCAGAGAUGGAAGAGAAGAAAAGAUUAGAAAACAAAUAUGAAAUUGCACGAAAGCAGGCCGUGGAACGAAUGAAGCAGGAAGCAGAGCGGAGAAGACAGGAAGACCUGAAGCAGGCAGAAAUUCUGCGACAACAAAUGGAGGAGCUACGUCUACGGGAGAUUGAGGCCAAAAAUCUCAAGGCAGAACAGGAAAAACUGUUGAAACAACGAUGGGAGCUGGAGAAUCUGGAAGAGGAAAGGAAACAGUUGGAACAGCGACGAAAGAAAUCUGAGCUUGGCCGGAUACUGAAUCGUCAGUUCAAGACGCAGAUGAGGAGACGUGCACAACAGAUCCAAGAAGAAUUGGAGAGGGAUCGCCAAUUUCUUGCAUCUCUAAUUGAAAAAGACGAGGCAGACCAACAACUGCAGUCAGCGAGGCGUGAACAGGCUGUAGCUGAUGCUGCAUGGAUGAAGAAAGUCAUUGAGGAACAGCUUCAGUUGGAGAGAGAGCGUGAGGCAGAGUUGGACACUAUAUUCAGGGAAGAGGCCCAACGGAUGUGGCAGAAACGAGAAGAGGAGUGGGAAAGAGAGAGGCAAGCAAGAAUGCGUUUAAUGCAGGAGGUAUUUGUAGGACGACAGCAGCAAAUCUUGGAGCGGCUUGAUAUGAAUCGACGUGCUCAGGAGGAAUCGGUUCAGCGUCGCGAGGACCUGAUCCGGGGGCUAGAGGAACUGAAAGAAACAACAAAGCGUGAGAAAGAGGAAGAGGAAGAGCUGAAAACUGCUCGCAAGGAGGAACUUGCAGCACAGGUUGAAGAGCGGAGGAGGCAGGAGCUGGAAGAAUUACAACGCCAACAGGAAGAGGAAAACGAGGAAAGGCUUGUAGAAAGACAGCAUGAAGAGAUGCUUCAACAUGAGGCCAAGCUGAUGAGGCAGCGAGGCUAUGAACCGAAGAUGUUCCACCGACCAAGAAUAGCCUGGACAUAGCUCAGAAGCUGAGAAAUAUAAGACCGGCUUGUGAAAACUGAGCCUUGCCUUGGAAUGGCUUGAGUAUCUGAAUCAAAUCCUUGUUACUUUGAUUCUCUCAAUGUAACCAGACAGAGCCAAGUUUUCAUUCUCUUUAUCUGACAGAUCUGGUUGUCGAUAAUUUGCACUUAGGAAAAGGAGAGGCUUAACUCAGAAGUUUUGGCUGAAGUACAUGUAAACCACAGAGGUGGUUAAAUCUCUAAGGAUCUCACUAACUCGACACAUUGCUGGCCUGAGAUUAGUACACAUUAAAUAUCAAUGGUUCACAGGACUUACCCCUUGUUUGUUGCCUGGAAGAUAGUUCGUUCUGUAAUGGGUGUUUCUGGGUGGUUGGUACACAACAUUCAUGUUAUUCUGCUAUCCAUAUUGUGUAGGAUCUAGAAGUAAUCCUCAACUACUUUAAUCUACAUUCUGAGAGAUUCAGAUCUGCUGUAUUCCAAUAGCUUUGCAAUUUAUGUCCCACAUCACAAUUGAGAAUUCUGCUGAUAGAUCAUCUCAAGGACUUAAUAUGUUAAUUGCAGAGUUAGUUAACGGAGUCUUACCCAGGGAGUCCCAGUCUUAAUUGAGACUUGCAUCACGGAGAAACCUAGAAUACUCAGAUUUUGUCUAGUUCAUCGAGCAAAUAAGUGAAAAAGCAGGAGGAGGGAAGAAUGCAGAACUUCCUAACUGUGUUUCAAGUGCAUUUCAUCUAGUGUUGACCAAUUAACACGAUUCAUUGUGUGGAACUGAGGGACAACUUAACAGGAAGCAAAGUGCACAAAAUGUUGACCGGGGGUAGAUAUGAAACUUAUACUUUGAGUUCAGGCAGCUUUGAAAAAAUUACCACAUAGUAAAAUCUUCAAUCCGUAAUCCUCCCUGAUCAAUUUAUGUAUGCAAGACCAGCCUGAUUGUUCUUGGCUGUAACACCAAAUUCAAAUGGCCAGUUAUAUAGGACCAAAGGAUUUCAUGACAAUGUCUUGAAUUUGAAGGCUUUUCAUUUUUGUUGAAAGUAUGAAAGCUUGAGAGUCUGGAAAUAUUGGAGCAGUGCAGAGAUCGGUUUUAUUUCCUGAUGGCUUUCAGUUUCUCACUCACUUCCCAUUUUCGGAAUUAACAUUGCUGUGCAAUACCAAUUUAUUUUUUGAGCUAGGUGAUCACAUUAAUUAUCAGGUAACAAGGCUUUGUUUUAUGUGACCCUGAUUCUCUCUGUCCCUGCUGUUCCCUCACUUUUUGUUUUAAUCUGGAAGGGAAGGGAGAAACAAUUAGAGAGAUUGAGGAAUGGGUUUGGAAGCUUGGGAAAGAAGAUGAUCAGGGAUUGCAAGAGAGAGAAGAUUGACAUUAGUGCUGUGGAAUAGGAGUGAAUUAGGAGGCUAGCACACUAUCAAGGAAGGAAGCACAGACUUAGGAAACAAUGUGAUUUAAUAACAAACAUGGAGAUUUCAUAACAGCAAUGGUAACCUUUUUGGUAGAUAUCUAAAUAUUGAUGCAAAAUAUGUUAAUAUUCUUAAUUUAAAGAUCUAGAGGACACAGCUGAUUUCACAAGGUUUAUGAUAAAUUAUGCUUUUGUAAUGAAUUUUAUAAGUUUGUUUUUACUUAGUCAAGCUCUAAAUCUUCAAAAAGUGUAUGAGGUCAUUUUCAUUACAGAGCCAACAUCUUCAUCUGGAAUUUCCUGCUGUGCUGUUUAACCCCUCAAAUUAAAGACCAUCAAGCUGAAAAUGCUUAAUUUCAUUCACCCAACCAAUAUCAUUGGCUUCACAUGCUGGGUGCAUGUUUGUCUCGCUCUGAAUAUUUUAAAAAAGAUUUGUGACUUCAGGAAGCAAUUUCUGACCACAUCAGAGGAUAAGGAGGCAGACAUGCUAUGUUAUCAACCCUUCAUUCUGGCAUGUGGCUGCUUCAUCCUGUCACAUUACUGAACAAUUUGCCAGCUAAAAUUGGGGAGGUAAAAUGUUGGCUGGAUAGGUCACAGUUAUAGAUUGCCUGCUUACUUCUGGCAAUGGGAAUACAUUACAAAGACCCAGAGCAAAACAGGGAUCAAAAAUGCAGAUGUUAGUUGAGUUUUAAUGUUGCCUAUUUAAACAGCUCCAAUUUAUCACUGAAAAGCGAGACAAAUUAAUGAAACUGUAUCUUGAUCUUAUCAGAACAAUGCCAAACAUUCAGAUCAUCACAACAAUUUAUACUGUAGGAGAAAGAUUCCUUGGCAAGUUGCUUCUGAUUGACCUGAGGUGUCGCAAAACAUCACUUUAGACUAAAUUAGCUGCUAAGCAGUUGAAAAUAGGAUAGAUUUCAUUUGGCAUGAAUCAUUUUAACGUGGAAGGGCCAUUUGGGUCAUGCCUUUGGAAACAUCUUUGAAUCUUUUCUUGUUUGAGCAUACUUUUACUGGCAAAAUGCAAUGUUCAAAAAUGAUUUUAAUCUCUUCCUAAGUCCGAUUUAAUAUAAAUCAGAGCUGAAGCAGAAAUUAAACAAAUAUUUUUCAGAAAAUAUUGAGCAGCUUGGGCCUUUGAGGUCUUAGCUCUUUGUAAAUAGCAGUGCAGUCUUAAGUGUCAUUUGGGUCUUGUCACAAAAAUAUUCCCAUUGCUCAGUCUAUCCACUUGUUGAUGGAACUAAUCUGUGUGUGAAAAGUGACUUCACUUAAUUAGAGGAACAGUCACUGUUCAUAGCUGUUUAUCUAGUACAACACUCAGGAGUAUUUUAUAACCAUUUAAAUUUCAGACUAUUAAAACCUUUUAAAAGCUCUUCUAGUAUAACCAUUCAACUGAUUAAUUGCCAAUUCGCUUGUACUCUUGAUGGCUCUGAAAUCCAGCCUGGGAAGCCAACAAGUGUCUCUUUACUUGCUUUCAGACUGAAUUAUUGAUGUUUGUAAUAUAGCAUUUAAGUUUAUCAAAAGCUUCCCAGCUUUUGUUUUCUAGGCUCUGCACUUAGCAUGUGACUCUUCAUCAUAGAGGCAAUGAUCAUGAAACAGAAAAACACUUACAAUUUGAAACU